GUUCACUAGCUUAGUAGCCUUGGGCCUAGAUCUCUAUAAUUACAUUUCAAAGUUGGCAACACGGAUUCUGAAGACCCAGCUGCAAACGUGGCUGGGCAACAUGGCUUGCACACAGAAGGGCAAACUGGACUCCAUCGAGACCAUCGUAAGUCAAAAGAAGGGGCAAGUCGGAGGAAAGCUGCGGGAGAAGUUCAAGGUCCCGGAACGCCGCAGCUUCAGAACGAGAACUCGUGAGUUUUGCUGGGCAGAUUUGGUCUCCGGUUUUCAUGAAGCCUGCACAGACUACAAGCGAGACCGAGUAGGCCCUCACGAGGUGCCAGUGGAAAUUACUCUCGGUCGCGCCCUGGCGUUGGAUGACCCAAUUGGCCAGGUCUAUGGAGGUGAAGCUCACCACUUUCCGCUGAAACAUCCAAACUACGCCUUCAUCGGUGCUCGCCAUCAACUUCGACGAGUACACCUUGCACUCUAUAAGAAGUACAAGUACCUUGAUUAUGACAAGGAUCUGACCAUCUUCUCUUCAAAUUUGUUGGCCAUGACGGAGUCAGAGAUGAAGACCUAUGCAUUGCUGAUCCGCAUGUUAGAGAAGUUCUAUUGGAAGCGCUUGCUGCGGCCCGAGGUUGACGACGAAACUCAUGGGCAGCAACGCAGUCAGGAGCAGGCCCGUCAGGUGCUGAGGAGCUACCGGCAUUUUUGCCCAGUCACCUUUGCCGCCCUGAGACAACGAGGCUUUGAGGAAAGUCUCGUGAAGAUCGUAGAUCAGUGGUUGCGGAGUUUCUUCUGCUUUGGUUGGGAUCCCCGGCCGCAGCACAUGGGAAACUUUCAGAGACUCAUUAAGGUGCUGUUCAAGGUGAAAGUGGACGAGAGUGACCCUUUUCGAGAUUUGCGGCGGAUUUGCGUGUGCUUGCUGAUGCAAAACUCGGACAAGCUCUUGGAGGCCUGCGAUCAACGAGCAAACACCAGGGACUUGGAGGCAAUCGCCAAGCGAAUAGUGCUGGGCCGCAGCUUUUUCCAGGUGUUGGCGGAGAUGAACUGCAGUGACAUGGGGUUAGACUUGGUGGCCUUCCUGCCCCUGGGGGUCGUCGGUGGCUGGUGCAGCAUGCUCGAGCUUGACAGCGUGCUGCCAGGCUCGGGCCUUGUGAUCCCGGCGGCCUGCGCUUGCAUGGGCCUGGCGGCUGUCUACAAGGAGGGCUUGGGCACGCUUGUGUCCAAGUUCUGCAAGCCUCCAAAAGAUGUCAUCAGGGGACCAUUCUUCGUGGAAGAACCCGAAGAAAAGGAUGACGAGGAUGAGGCUGAUGAGAGCCUGGAGGUGAACCUGGACGAGGAAAUCACCUUUGAAUUCCUCUUGGGCUACGGGCAGUGGCAGACCGGCUUGAGGCUCACCUACGACGCUGUGAUCUCAAUGGAAAUGAACCCACCUCCUGCGCUCACCUCCUUCGCCGUGAUGCAGCAAGCCAAUUCUUACAAGUACCGACACUUCCAGAAACAAGGGGAAGUUGGUCAACAGUUUUGGGGAGGCGGAGGUUGGAACUCCAAGCAACAAGGGUGGAAUACGCAGAACUAUUAUUGACAACUGCUGAGCGAGAUUAGCGGACCGUUUUUAGGCGCACUCCCAGGAGGUCUGACAGCGGGCUGAAGAUUGAAGCCUGCCGACUCUCUCGACUUGGACGUAUAUAUGGAACGCAGAACUUGAGUGUCAUUGGUGUACCAUUUUUAGGCGUACUCCCAGGACCUCCUGCGCUUGCGGAAAGACUUUCUGG